GACCAACAAAACAACAAAAUCUGGCCAUACAGGCGAAACACAAGUGAAAAUGCGAAGAAAAAAUACAUAUAACUGCAAUUGAGUUUUGACAACCACCAGUUAAAAACCAUGAAGAAACAUUCAUUUUGAGGAACGACGACAAUCAAACAGGAUCCAUCACACACAAAGCGAAAUAACAACACAAGUGGCCGAAAAGGCCAUGGCCUCGUCGGAUAAAUUUGAUCCAGACCGCGUCUGCCGUGUUUGCCUGUGCGAAGUCGACGAGUUCUACUUCAUCUACGAUGAGGCUCCCGUGGAGCAGGGUGCCAAUGUCGCCCAGAUACUGAACGAAUGCACGCGAUACACUUGCGAGCGGUACGAUAAGCUGCCGCAUCACAUGUGCGGCGGCUGCAUCGCUUCAGCCCGUGAGGCCUAUCGUUUCAAGGUGCGCGCCGAGGAAUCUUAUCGCUCGCUGGUAUCUAUGCUGGGCAGAUCGCUGCAGCCCAAGAAUAAUUGCACAGAUGUGAGUUCACAAACUGAUCAAGUCGCACUGUUGCCUUGCGAGAUGUGCGAUAGCAAGUUCCUGAACAGCAUCGAGUUGCGUAUGCAUCGUAAUCGCCAUCAUAGGGAGCAAAGCUCUGUUGCCAACAGUAGCAGCAGCGAGCUUAAAUGCAGGGUAUGCUCAAAUCAGUUUACAACGCUGCGUCAGCUGCGCACUCAUUUAGCACAGGAGCAUCAACAGGAUAUCUUUGUACAGCACCUGCAGUGUCGCAUUUGCCAGCGCACCUUUUCUCGCCGGGAUCACUUGGUGAGACACAUGCGAACUGUGCACAGCCUUGAUGAGAAGUGCAGGAGACGCAAAUUGGAAGCAGCGAGUGCAGUACAGCCAGAGGAGCAGCACACAGCAACGUCUUGGUCACACGCCGGUGGUGCCAAUGGGGGGGCGGUUGCAUUGAGUGGUGAUGAGAUGGAGUCGGUACCAUUCGUACUUAACGAGGCUGCCUGCGCCGAUGAAAACGCUGACGACUACCAAUGCAAUACGAAUCCCAUAUCCAGCAAUGACGAAGAUGCCAAUGAUGAUGAUGAGGCAAAACAAUCUUUGUGGCUACACAUAAAGCCAGAGCUAUGGCUGAAAGUGGAGGAAGACAACGGUAACGUGGACGAAGGUGAAGGUGUAUUAACGUCUCGAAUGAAGCGUGAAAAAAAACGUAAAGGGAAAACGAAACAGAUGGCUAGUGCCAAUGAGGAUGUCGUAGGUCUCGAAGGUAAUGGCGAUAAUGAAGGCGCAGAAGCUAAGGAGGAGGGCCGUGCCAACACGGAUAUGGAAGUAAAAGUGGAGGCGGAACUGGUCAAAGACGAGCCGACAGAUGGAUCGAACAUUAAACAGGAACGUCAAAGAACCGAUAGCGAGCAUCUAGAGGACCACAUGGAGCGGCACACAAAUGUGGCACAAUUAACUGUCAGUGAUGAGGGUGUCAUAGAAGAUUCCAGCGAUGACGAUAGCUUUGACGAACACGAAGAAAAUAAUGAUGAUGAUGACGAAGAGGAUGUAGAAGAAGAAGAAGAUGCAGAUGCGGAAAUGGAACAGUUAGGAAAACCCCCUAAAGUAGAAAUUGUGCGCGAAUACUUGCAAAAAUCCGCAAACAAACAGCGACGCCGGCGUCGCAACAAGGAUGAGCCCAAUCCCGAAAAUCGUUGUAACAUUUGCGAGCGCACCUUUUCGCGUCACUGCCAUCUGUUGCGCCAUAAAUUGUCACAUCUGGAGAAGAAACCUCAUAAUUGUCCGCAUUGUCCGAAGGCGUUUGCGCGUAGCGACCACCUGAAAGCGCAUGUCCAAAGUUUGCACAGCAACAAGGAUCACAAGUGUACGCUAUGCAAUGCUGCCUUUGCUCGCGCCGAUGCUCUCGUCCGUCACAAGGUCAGCAAACACAAUGGCGAGGGUCUGGACGCCGGCAAUGAAUUGAAGCUACACACCUGCGAAUACUGCGCCAAACGUUUCUCGAGCAAGACCUAUCUGCGAAAGCACACAUUGCUCCACACGGACUUUCUCUAUGCCUGUAAGAGCUGCGACGAGACUUUCAAGGAGCGUCAGCAGUUGCGCGAGCAUGAGAAGACGCACACGGGACAACGAAAUUUCCUCUGCUGCAUUUGUGGCGAUAGUUUCGCUCGCAACGACUAUUUGCGCGUCCAUAUGCGGCGUCACAAUGGCGAGAAACCCUACAAGUGUCGCUUCUGCGUUAAAGCCUUUCCACGCGCCACCGACCUCAAGGUGCACGAACGUUAUCACACGGGCACCAAACCGAAUCUGUGCAAUACCUGCGGCAAAAGUUUCCACCGAGCCUACAAUCUAACGAUCCAUAUGCGCACCCACACCGGAGAGCGUCCGUAUAAGUGCGAUCAGUGCCCGAAGAGCUUCACGCAAAGCAAUGAUCUGAAGGCGCACAUACGCCGACACACCGGGGAGCGCUACAAGUGUCCCCAUUGCGAUGCCUGCUUCCUGCAGCUCUACAAUAUGCGCAAUCAUUGCCUGAGCGCGCACAACAAACUGAUUGAGACACGCACGGGUCGCUUGCAGCGGACAGGCUUGCUGGAUGAUGGCAGUCAAUCGCAUUUAACCACUGUGGUUCUGCCACCAGCGCGCUUUCAGCACCAACCUCAGGAUGUGGCUCCCCAAGUAGUGCAAGUACACCGACAACAGCAACAGGAACAGCUGCCAACGACUAUGCAGCUACUGCAUUCGCCUCUGAGCUAUGAGGGCGCAGCAGUAGCAACAACAUCCCCACCAGUGGUUAUAGCAGCAACAACAACAACGCCGGUAUUGGUGGAUGGCAACCAGCUAGAUGUUACAACGUCCGGAACAAGCACUGCUGCCGCAACAGCCUCCCUAGGCGCCUUUAACUUUAUGGCCCACCUGAUGUAUAAUCACAGCGGUGGAAAUCAGCAGAGUCAAGCAAGCAAUGCGAGCGGCGGAAACGAUGCGAGCAAAUAGCCGACGGGACCACGAACAUCCAUAUCUGUUGCUCCGAAUCGCAAAUUCCGGUCUAGGUUAGAUAUUGUAUAUAAAUAGACUCUAGCUUCUACUGUAGCUAGUGCUUAGUUAAGUCGUAUUGGUUUGGAACUUUGUAAAAAUUACUGUUCAGUUUGCCUUAACAGCUUGCGUUGUGCAAUUUAAUUUUAAAAUGUAUAUGUACGUUAUAUUCGAAGAGCCUAAAACAAUCACAAAACAAACUUUUUGCACCUCACCGAAAGCCAUCCGAUUCAGAUGUUAAAUUUAACUCUGACCCGGAAUAAUCAAAAACAAGGAAGAAAACUAGAAGCCGGUUGAGAACUGUUUUUUGUCGCUUCAGUCUCUGAAUAUUUCUAAGACAGAGUAGAGUAUUAAGAAUUGUUUCUUCGAUUGGUCGGCAUUUUUAACGAAAACUAGUGUAUUUAUAAAUUAAAGAUAUUAUGAAUUAAAUUAUAUUAAACAAAAUA